CCCGAACUCCGAUCGAGGCGAUGCCCCCCACACCACACGUCCGCGACCGCGACGCCGCGACGCUACCGCCACCGCCACCGCCACCGCCACCACCACCACCACCACCCGGCCAUGGCCACGCUGCUCCCCUCGUUUCCGCACGCCCUCUCCAAGCCCCGCCACCUCCACCACCACUCUCGCGUCGCCGCCGCCUCCGCCAGGCCCGAGGCCCCGAGCCCCGCCUCCGCGGCCCCCGCCAGCUCCCGCCUCCGCCGCCUCAUCGCGCGCGACGACCUCGCCGAGGCCGCGCGCCUCGUCGAGACCUCCACCUCCCGCGGCGAGGCGCCCGACGUCUACCUCUGCACCAAGCUCAUCCGCAACCUCUGCCGCCGCGGCCGCACCUCCGACGCCGCGCGCGUCCUCCGCACCGCCGAGGCCUCCGGCGCCCCGGUCGACGUCUUCGCCUACAACACCCUCGUCGCGGGAUACUGCCGCUACGGCCGCCUCGACGCCGCGCGCCGCCUCAUCGCCGAAAUGCCCGUCCCGCCCGACGCCUACACCUACACGCCCAUCAUCCGGGGCCUCUGCGACCGCGGCAGGAUCGGCGACGCGCUCGCCCUGCUCGACGAUAUGCUCCAGCGCGGCUGCCAGCCCAGCGUCGUCACCUACACCGUCCUCCUCGAGGCCGUCUGCAAGAGCAGCGGCUUCGGGGAGGCCAUGAACGUCCUCGACGAGAUGCGCGCCAAGGGCUGCACGCCCAACAUUGUCACCUACAAUGUCAUCAUCAACGGCAUGUGUAGGGAGGGUCGCGUCGACGAUGCCAGGGAGAUCCUGAACCGGCUGUCGUCCUAUGGGUUCCAGCCCGACAUCGUCAGUUACACCACCGUGCUCAAGGGCCUGUGUGCCGCUAGGCGGUGGGACGACGUCAAGGUGCUCUUUGCUGAGAUGGUGGAGAAGAACUGCGUGCCCAAUGAGGUUACCUUUGACAUGCUAGUCAGAUUCUUCUGUCGCGGGGGUAUGGUGGAGAGGGCAAUCGAAGUUCUUCAGCAAAUGUCACAGCAUGGAUGCACACCCAACACUACCUUGUGCAACAUUGUCAUAAACGCUAUGUGUAAACAAGGUCGUGUGGAUGAUGCCUAUAACUUCUUGGACAACAUGGGCAUAUAUGGGUGCAAUCCUGAUACCAUUAGCUAUACUACUGUGCUAAGGGGCUUGUGUCGCUCCGGACGAUGGGAGCAUGCCAAGGAGCUAUUGCCCGAGAUGGUCCGAAAGAACUGUCCCCCAAAUGAGGUUACAUUCAAUACAUUCAUAUGUAUCUUGUGCCAGAAAGGAUUGAUUGAGCCAGCUAUCAAGCUUAUUGAACUGAUGCCAGAGUAUGGAUGUUCAGUGGGUAUUGUCACAUACAACGCUCUUGUCCAUGGCUUCUGUGUGCAAGGGCGUGUUGAUAGUGCUCUUGAGUUGUUUAACAAUCUUCCAUGUGAGCCCAACACCAUUACAUACACUACGUUGUUGACAGGCUUGUGCCAUACCGAGCAGCUGGAUGCUGCUGCAGAGCUCUUGGCUGAGAUGAUUCAGAAGGAUUGCCCUCUAAAUGCAGUGACUUUCAAUGUACUUGUGAGUUUCUUCUGUCAAAAAGGGUUUGUCGAGGAAGCAAUCGAACUUGUGUAUCAAAUGAUGGAGCAUGGCUGCACCCCUAACCUGAUCACAUUUAAUACUUUACUUGAUGGGAUUACCAAGGAUUGCAACUCAGAAGAAGCGCUGGAGCUAUUGCAUGGUUUGGUCAGUAAGGGAGUAUCCCUAGAUACGAUAACCUACUCUUCAGUCGUUGAUGUCCUCUCAAGAGAAGAUAGAACUGAAGAAGCCAUUCAGAUGUUUCAUGCCGUGCAAGAUAUGGGGAUGAGACCAAAAGCUGGGAUGUAUAACAAGAUACUGUUCUCCCUCUGUAAAAGAUGUGAAACAGAUCAGGCUAUUGAUUUUUUUGCUUAUAUGGUGUCUAACGGUUGCAUGCCUAACGAGCCGACCUACAUUAUACUCAUUGAAGGCCUUGCCCAUGAGGGUCUGUUGAAGGAGGCACGAUAUGUACUGAGUGAGUUGUACGCGAAAGGAGUUCUAAGCAAGAGUUUACUUGAAGACCAGCACUAAGGUUGUGCUUCACACUGCAUAUGCCUUAUUAUCGAAGAGUGAGAAAGAAAUGUGCAUAUGCCUUGAGUCAUGAGGUUUUGGUGCUUAUUAAAUUCUGUUGAGUCUCCAUGGGCCUCAUUUACAGCAAGUUGGAAUCGGGUGGCACGCUUUACGUGUGUGCUUCAAGCUACAGUGAUCCAUAAAGAUGGGAUAGGUCUUUGAAGUGUGAAGACCAAGGAAAUCAAAAGGACGGUCUGGAGGAUAACACAAGCAAAUAAGAUAAAAGCAUGUUCAUACUUAUAACGGCCGAAUAAAAGAUACAGGCCAAUAAAGUUUCUUAGAAACAAUUCUCAGUUUCAGCAGUUUGAGACUAAAUUGUUGAAUUAUUUGACUAUACUUCUCCGUGUUUAUAAACAUUUUGGUUUGUCUUCCAUGAGCAAUGGUUUCCCUGACUGAAUAUUCACAUGUCAAGAGUACUGCAAGUGAGGAAAAUAUAAUGUCAGCUGGAUCUAUUUUUAAUCUAUAAACAGGCUAUCUACGGAUACCAAUUUCAUCAUCAAGAAUUGCAUAUUGGGCAUGACGUGAGAUACCAUUUACAGGUUGGCUGUUGUUCGAACACCUAUACCCUUCGUUGUCUGCAGCAAAGGGCAAAGGUUCAGAGUGAGCCUCAUGUUCUUUUUUGGGCUACAAAGUUGGAACCGCAGUUCGAUGGCUCAUAAGUCAUAUGAUGGUUCAUCACUUACCAGUUAUACCUAUACUGCUCUAGUGUCUACGGUGACAUGAGUGCAUUGCAGGGCUAAACUAAAAACUACCGUGUAUAUCCUACAAGAUUUGGUUCAGUUUGUUGCAUAUUGAUUGGUUCUAAUUCA